AGCACUACGGUACAGGUUCAGUACAGGAUGAGUCACGUAAGUCGCGCUUCUACCACGUGACCAGUUUCUAUCAAGUGUCAUGCACGUCAUGUGAUGCGACUGGUUCCUGCUACAGCUGCCGGAGGAGUUGCUGUAUCAUGUCGGAUACGUCGUAAUAUUUUGUUCCGGAACAAAACAUGGGGUCUCUAUAUAAAAUAUAUACGGUGGUAUCUUGUAAAUUAUCAAGUGCUUUAUGCAUUUUAACAGUAUUGGCAUAUGUCUCUGUCACUGAGGGAUCCAGUGACGGUCGCUGGUUCCAAGAUCUGUGCAGUUACAAAUGGGAGGCCAUCGACCAGGACAGUCAAAUGAAGUACACAAUGAAAUUGUGUGAUAACUCUCCGGACACACAAUGCGGGGAGGGGUCGGCAGUCUGUGCCCACAGUAUUGCCAGCAAAAUGGACACAACUGUGGGUGAGCUGGGCUUGAGUACUAUAUCGCCGACUGUAUUAGAUUUCAACAGCACACAGAAGUGUGAGGGCGGCAGCGGUAACAUGAAGACCAGCAUCUCUUUCCUUUGCGGGAAGACCAUGGGAACUCCAGAAUUGGUUACUGUAUCAGAGUGUGUUCAUUACUUUGAAUGGAGGACAUAUGUUGCUUGUAAAAUAGACAAGUUCAAGCCCCACAAAGAGGUGCCCUGCUAUGCAUUUGACUCCGAUGGGAAGAAGCACGACCUGAAUCCCCUCAUCAAGAUCACUGACGGAUACCUGGUUGAUGACUCCGAUGAUGACAUAGACUUCUACAUUAACAUUUGCCGCAGUUUGAACCGUCCACAGGCAUGCCCAGAGGACUCAGCUGCCUGUUUGACUACCAAAGGAGCCUCCUAUAACAUGGGCAUCCCCUCCAAGCAGCUGGAGCUGCUGUCCAAUGACAGAUUGAAGCUCAGAUAUGAAGACUCACACAUUAUCCCGGAGUUCUGUGAUGGACAUAAGCCUGCUGUCACCAUCACUUUCAUCUGUCCAUCAGGCAGGCAGGAGGGCAGUGUUCCAAAGAUGACUGCCAAAACCAACUGCCGCUAUGAGAUUGAGUGGGUGACUGAGUAUGCCUGCCACAGGGACUACCUGGAGAGUCACUCAUGCAAACUGACCAAUGAACAGCACGACAUCUCCAUCGACCUCACCCACCUUACCCUUGGCCAUGCGGACGACCCGUACCACACUAAGAGCAGCGAGGGCCGAGAUGGCUACAUCUACUACCUGAACGUGUGUGGGGAGAUCAGCGCUGGGAUCUGUAAGGACGAGAAAGGCUUCAUUUCUGCCUGCCAGGUGAAGGAGAACGCAGACAUGAAGAAGGUCGCUGGGAGAUACAAAAACCAAACCCUCAGAUACUCAGAUGGUGACCUCACAUUAACCUACCCGGGGGGCAACAGGUGUACCUCUGGCUUUCAGAGAAUGACCAUCAUCAACUUUGAGUGCAAUGAAACCGCAGAAAAUGAUGGCAAAGGCUUCCCGGUGUUCACUGGAGAGACUGACUGCACAUAUUAUUUUGAGUGGUACACUGCUUAUGCCUGCGUCAAGGAGAAAGAAGACCUUCUCUGCCGUGUCACAUCGGGCAAGAAGCGAUAUGACCUCUCUCCCCUCACUCGAUUCCCUGAAUCAGAAACUCUUCAGAACUGGGAGGCAGUGGACGCCAGUGCUGCGGGGUCUGACCGGAAGCGCAUUUACCUCAACAUGUGUCACAAAGUCCUCCAGCAGGGGGCGCUGACAGGCUGCCCAGAUGAGGCUGCAGUCUGUGCCAUCGGCAAAGAUGGCAAACCCAAAAGCCUGGGCAGCUUCUUGUCUGCACCUCAGAUGGAUGGCAACAGCAUUCGCCUCAUCUACACCGAGGGAGAUGUCUGCAGGAAGAACAUCAAGACGAGGACCAUCAUCUCCCUGAAAUGCAAGCCAGGAGAUUUGGAGAGCGCCCCCGUUGUGCGGAGUGUGUCGAGCGAUGAGUGUAUUUAUGAACUGGAGUGGCACACCGCGGCAGCCUGCGUCCUCUCCAAGACUGAGGGAGAGGGCUGCAAGGUGUCCGACCCACAAGCAGGCUUCUCCUUUGAUUUAACACCUCUGCGCAAGGCCAAUAAAGAGCAAUACAGCGUGACUGGGGAGAAGUAUAAUUACCUCAUCAAUGUAUGUGAGGAGGUCACUCAUGAGAAGUGUCCUUCCAAGUCAGGGGCCUGUCAGUUGGAAAAAAGUGCUAAAAGCGGCUGGAGUCUGGGCGAGUUCAAUAGCAAGCUGUCCUACUACGACGGCAUGAUCCAGCUCGUGUACAAGAACGGCUCCACCUACAACAACCCCCAGCACACCCGCCGCUCCACCCUCGUCUCCUUCCUGUGUGACCGGCAGGCAGGCAUGGGCAAACCAGAGUUCCAGGCGGAGGACGAGUUCACCUACAACUUCAGGUGGUACACUUCCCUGGCAUGCCCGGAGAGGCCCGGGGAGUGUCUGGUAACAGACCCCAUCACCCUCCAGCAGUAUGACCUGUCCAGUCUGUCCAAGUCUGGCCCGAACUGGGAGGGCAUGGAUCUCUUGAACCGCAGGAAGUACUACAUCAACGUGUGUCGUCCACUGCGAGGCGUGCCAGGCUGUGACCGUGCUGCCUCUGUCUGUGAGAUGACUUACGAGACGGGGACUGAGAAAGUAUCCAUCAGCAAUAUGGGUGUUGCCAAGAAAGGCCCGACCAUCCUACAGACGGGCCACCUGCUUCUGGAGUACACGGAUGGCUCUGUGUGCGAAUCAGACGGCUUGAAAACCACGUACACCACCCGCAUCCGCCUGGUCUGCGCCUGGGGAGCCCUGUCCUCGGGCCCCCGCUUCCUCUCCAACAAGAACUGCACAGCUGACUUCAUAUGGCACACCAAAGCAGCCUGUGCCAUUGAGAGUGCCAAAGACUCAAACCAGACAUGUACCAUCACAGACCCAAACACAGACUUUGUAUUUGACCUACACCCUUUGGCCACUAAAACGGGUUACAAAGCAGAAGGCAUUGGCAGAACUUUCUUGCUGAAUAUCUGUGGUGCGGCCCCUGACUGUGGGACUGAGGAAGGUGCUGAGGCUGCCGGGUGUGAGCUGGACGAAGGCAAGCCGAUGGGACAGGUGGGCGUGGAGAAGACCCUGGAGUUCUCCACCGAGGGCCAACUCAAACUCACCUACAAAGGAGACAUGGAUGAAAGCACAGGCAUCAGGAACGCCUUCACCAUUAGUUUUGUGUGUGAUGCGGACUCCGCGGGCUCCCUGAAGUUGGUGAAGGCGGAGAUGGGCACAGGCGCCCACCAUGUGUUCUUUGAGUUCGCCACCCCCCUGGCCUGCGCGCCCGCCACGGUCGACUGCCAGGUCAUCGAUUCCCAUGGAAACGAGUAUGACCUGAGUGACCUGAGCCAGGACAACACGCCGUACAAGCCCAUCGACACCUCUGACCAGGCCAAGUCUCAGAAGUUCUUCCUCAGUGUGUGCAAGCCUCUACCUCGUGUGGAGGGUUGCCCUGGUGGAGCAUUGGGUGCGUGUGCCAUCAUUAAUGGCCGAGGGCUGAACCUGGGCUAUGUGCAGUCCAGCCCUCAACCAGCGUCCGAUGGCUCCGUCAGCAUUGUCUACCGGGGGGGAGACCCCUGCGGCACAAAGGGACGCCACUCUACACGCAUCAUCUUCAUCUGUGAUGACAGCCUCGGUUCACCCAUUUUUGAACACAAGACUGGCUGUGAAUAUGUGUUCAUCUGGAGAACAUCUGAGGCUUGUCCUGUCCAGAGAGUACAGGGUGAAAACUGUAAAGUCCAGGAUCCAAGAAGUAGCCACGUGUUUGACUUGAGCUCCCUGAGUGGACAGGACUACGAAGUGAAGAUUGACAAGUAUGAGUACCACUUUGCCGUGUGUGGUGGUCUGAAGACUGGGGUGUGCAAGCACAAAGAGGCAGGAGGUGCGGUUGCUUCCUGUCAAGUUGAAGGGUCCUCCCACAGAAUUGCUGGCCUUGCUACGCAAAACCUGACAUAUGAGGACGGACUCAUCAUGAUCAACUAUACCCAGGGGGAGAAGUGCCACAAGAUUUAUGAGCGAUCCACUGCCAUCCUUUUUACUUGUGACCACAGCGAGGCCGUGGGGAAGCCAGAGUACAUGAAGGAGACCCCUGACUGCAUAUACAUGUUUGAAUGGCACACGGCUCUGGCCUGUCCACCUUUCAAAACAAUCACCUGCACCUACAGUGACGGCAACGGCAACUUCUACGACCUGUCCUCCCUGUCGCGCUCCUCCCUCGCCAUGUCCAGCAGCAACUGGAGGGUUGUGGCUCAUUCUGGCUCUAACGCAACUCGGAGCUACUACCUCAAUGUCUGCAAGUCCCUGGUGCCACAGAGUGGGUCCUGGGCCUGUCCGUCCUCGGCCGCGGCCUGCCUGAGGACCGCAGAUGACCAGUACGUCAGCCUGGGCGAGGCCAAGACGGAGCUGCAGUGGGACAAAACCAUGCUGGUCUUGAGGUACACCGACGGCCAACUGUGUCCCAACAGUGUGCGCAAACGGACCACCAUCAUCCGUUUCAAGUGUGACAAAACAAAAGAGGACUCGGAGCCCACACUCACCGCGGCCCAGGAGGACUGCAGCUACACCUUCUGGUGGCCCACGGCCGCCGCCUGCCCGCUCAGCGCCAGUCACCACGGCGACUGCCGCGUCACCAACCCAGCCACCGGUCACGUGUUUGAUCUGAACAGCCUGAACCAAGACGGCGGAUACAUUGUGUAUGACAACGAGGACCCCAAAAAGAUGAUCCGGCUCAACAUGUGCUCAGAGAUGAAAAACGCCGGCUGCACGGAAGGAGCCGCUGUGUGCAUCAAAGACAACAAGUCUGCUGUGAACGGGGGGAUGGUCAGCAAGAAGUUGUCCUACCUGGACCAGGUGGUGCUGCUGACCUAUGAGGGUGGAGAUGUGUGCGCAGCCAACCGCGAGCUCAAGCACAAGAGUGUCGUCAGUUUUGUGUGCAAAGACGGGGUGGACGCGGGCAAGCCUGUGCUGGUAGGCACGGACAAGGACACGUGCGUUCACUAUUUCUCCUGGCACACCUCCCUCGUCUGUGAAAAGCAGGUGAGGUGCUCCGUGUGGACAGGCAUGGACCUGAUCGACCUGCGGCCUCUGAUUCACACCACUGGAUCCUACCUGGCCACGGACGAGGACGUCGACAAGGAGAACUCGCCUGACUUCUACAUCAACAUCUGCCAGCCCCUCAACCCCAUCCCCGGAGUCCUCUGUCCCCCAGGAGCGGCCGUGUGCAUGGACCCUGACAAAGGCCAGCCCAUUGAUAUUGGGCGAAUCACAUUCCAAUCCACUCCAGAGUACAACAGCAACACGGGCAACGUGGAGAUGGUCUUCCAGAGCACCACCCCCUGCAGCCAGAACGCCUCCCUGAACUACACGUCCAAAGUCAUCUUCAGCUGCCAGUCAGGCACUGAUCUGGGUACUCCUCAGAUGAUCCGACAGCAGCAGUGUCUGUACGUGUUUGAGUGGGCCACUCCUGUUGUCUGCCCAGAGAUCUUGACCACCAGUGGCUGCUCUCUCCAUGUCUCCCAGCUGCAGUAUACCUUCAACCUGACCUCUCUGUCAGGGCUCGUGCAGGUGCCCGCCAGCUCCUACAAGAUAAACGUGUGUGAUUCCAUCCCUGACUCGGCCUGUAACAACAGCGCCGUGUGUCAGAUGGACGGGGCCUCGGGCGUCUCUUUCGGCCACAGCAAAGCCAUGAGUCUGGACUACAAGCGCCAGGACCAGACCGUCAUCAUGACCUACGCAGGCGGGGAUCCGUGUCCUCCAGUAACAGACAAGGGGGAUAUGUGCGUUUUCCCUUCGCAAUACCUGAAGAAGACCUUAACAGAAUGCACCACUGAAGGCAUGACUGAACAGCGGCUAUGGUGCCCCAUCACCAGUGACUGGAACAAGGACCACCAAUGGGGUAACUGCGCUACAGCAGAGAGCACGAAGCGUCAGUCCACUAUCUUGUUCACGUGCAACCGGACUGCGGGGCGGGGCAGCCCGGAGCUUCUGAGCGAGACGAAGGGCUGCUCCAGCACCUUCCGGUGGAACACCAGCACCGUCUGCACCCCUAAGAAGAUGGAGUGCCAGCUGGUGAGCCUCCACAAGACCUACGACCUGCGCACCCUCUCCUCCCUCACCGAGCCCUGGAAGUUCAGCAGCGGCACUGACCAGUAUUACAUUAAUCUGUGUCAAAGCGUCCACGGGGGGCUCACUGACUGUCCAGAGGGGGCCACUGUGUGUCGCAAGAACAAAGGCCAGACCCAGACCCUGGGCCUAGUCCAUACCCAGACCCUGGAGUACCGCGAGGGGAAGAUUCUGGUUAACUACACAAUGGGAGAUGCUGUGUGUGGGAGUGACCUUCGUGCCAAAACUAUAAUUCAGUUGACAUGUAGCACCAUAACUGGCCAUCCGAAACUCCAGAGAGAGGAUCCUGUCGCGUGUGAGUUCUGGUUGGAGUGGGAGACACGAGCAGCCUGUGCUGUUGAGCAGCAGGAGGUGGAAAUGGUCAAUGGCACCAUCACCCUCCCGGACACCGGAGCCCGAAUUAACCUGGGGGACCUGUACACCAGAUUGCACCAGGCCACAGGAGACAUCAGAUCCAAUGGAGACCGCUACGUCUACGACAUCCAGCUGUCCGGCAUCACCAACAGCUCGGUCACCAACUGCAUGGGGGCCUACAUCUGCCAGGUGAAGGUGAACGGUAAUUGGCACCGUAAGAUUGGCUCCUCCAGCAAGGCCAAGUACUACAUCAAAGGAGGGAACCUGGACGUGUUGGUGCCGUCCGUGUCGACCUGUGGUCGGGACAGGAAGCACACGGUCUCGUCGGCUAUCCUGUUCCACUGCAACCCCGAGGCCGGCGAGGGCAUCCCAGAGUUCCUGCUGGAGACGGACCUGUGCCAGUACCUGUUUGUGUGGCACACCUCCAGAAUGUGUGACUUUUUCUCUAAAGACAAAGUCAUCGAUGGCACAGGGACAGACUCGGAGGCCGAUGGUUUGUCCAGCAGGAGCCGAGCUCUGGGGGCAGUGCUCAGCUUGUUACUCAUUGGACUGACCGUGUGUCUACUCGUCCUGCUUCUGCAUAAGCGAGAGAGGAGGGAUCUUGUGAUUAAGAAAGUCACUGGCUGCUGCAAGAGAGGAAACCCAGUGGCCUACAAGUACUCAAAGGUGAACACGGAGGAGAACGGCGAGGAGGACGAGAUGGAGUGGCUGAUGGAGGAGCUGGAGUCGCCGGGCAAGGUGGGCCGCCACGAGAACGGCCACAUCACCACCAAGCCGGUGAGCGCCGAGGCGUGGCGCGCGCUUCCGCUGGACGAGGCCGACAGCGAGGACGAGGUGCUGACGGUGCCGGGCGUGCACAUCCAGGCGGCUGCCCGCGCCAAGCCCCGCGCCCGCCCUCUGCCCGCCCUGCUCCGGGCGGAGAGCGAUGAGGACCUGGUGGGGCUCCUGGAGGAGCGGGAGCGGCGCCGAGGCCGACCGCAGCACCGGCCGCACAGGAGCCAGCCGGAGCCCACCACGGACGACAGCGAUGAGGACCUGCUCAAAGUGUGAGGGGCUGUCCCUCCGCACCGAAUGUCUCCACACACACACACACACACACACGCACACACACGCCAACAAACACACACAAUGAUACACACACACACACACACACACACACACACACACACACGUGCGCGCACACACAUUCAGAAGAAAGAGAAUAUAUACAUGCAUCUACAGAGAGGUUUAUGAUUCCCCUUGCUAUUUUGUUUUGUUUGUUUUUUUCCUCUCAAAGGGAACUGUAUUUCUCUCUUCACUGCUUCAAGCAGUGGCUACAUUUUAUAUUGCUUUCGUCCUUUAAGAAAUGAUGCCUUCCUGAUGAAAAUUGCUUUCAUCAAAUUGUAAUGAUAAUUGUUUAUAAUGCUUGAAAAUGAACAUCAAUGGACAGAAUGUUAUUGUUUGUUUAAUUUGGUCACGUAUAUCCUUCUAGUCCCCUCUUGGUUUUAGUUUUCAACUUUAUGGUAAUUUAUGUUUUUUGUUGUUUUUUUUUUUUUUUUUCUUUGUUUGUUUGGUUGUUUUGUUUUGCAACUGGAAUUUUCCUACAGCACAGACUCUCUUUGUCAGGUCUAUAGAUAGAGCAUGGGCCUCCAGUUUGUACAGAUGAUGACGCUAAUGGAAAUGUUUCAGUGUUUGGAUCCGAUGCUGUGUAGCAGUGUAUUUUGCAUAUCCGGCGUCACUUUGGUACUCCAUUUUGGUCCUGCUGAGUGACCUCAGACUCCUAUUUAUCAUCCUGCCACCGUGUGACUCCUUUUGCAUUUGUACCCCAUUGGCCAUAGCACAGAACUUAACUAUUUCCGCGUCAUCCAUCUAGCAUGUUGGGAGUUUCUUCACCAUGAAAUGUUCCUGAAGAGAGGGAUUUGGCCCUGUGCUUCAGCUCCGCCUUUGAUGCCAAAAAGCAUGAGAAAGCCAGAACAGCAGUAUCCACAUGGAGCGCUUCAGUGCCAUGGUAGCCAAUGCAUUCUCCUUUAAUGUGGCAGGAUACCAGAGCCUUGGGUUGCCAUAGACUUUUUUUUUUUUAGUUGUUUUGAAUUUGCGUUUUUUUAGUUGUUUUGAAUUUGCUUACAAUCACAGUGUGAUGGAAAUUAUUAUUCAAUAAUUGUUGUGUUCUUUUAUUUUAUACAUUUAUAUUUAUACUGAGUUAAGCAAGUUAGAACACAAGCGGGCACAUGCAAUUAGGCUAUUGAAGUUUGAUAUCACAGUGGGCAGGGCUAAGUUGAGCUUUUUCACCUACAUGUUUAUAAGAUUGUGAAAAAAAAUAUGUGAAAGAGUGAAAUGAGCUUGUUCUGGCAAAGUAAUUAAAAGGUCUCAACUAACCAGCUGUGCCUCAUUAUAAUGGCACAACAUUUUGCCACCUAAAGUUGGGAUUUUUAGCUACUGGUACAUUAUGUUUAUGAUUUUUGAUAUUGUUUUUUUUUUUUUUUUUAUGUGGCGGUCUCUGCUCAAUCACUCCAACAGUGUUUCAUGUGGGAUUGUACGUUCUAAUGUGAAGUGAUCUUUGUGUUCAGUCACUUCUCUUCCUUUUGCUCCUAUUCCAAGACCAGUAACGUAAACAUCUGUCCUUUAUUUGCCAAAAGCAACAGAAAAGAUUUGAAAGCAUUAGAACAUCAGUAUAUUUGUCAAAGACCUUAACGAUUUCAGUAUGAAUUGGGGUCCAAGAGGGUGAAUGGAAAGGCAUGAGCUACUUGGACUUCCAAGUCUUGCUCACAACAUGGCCAAGUUAACGAUAUCGCAUCUGCUGCACCGUAUGAGCAGCUUUUGGCUAACUGCGUAGGAGAAGAGACUCCCUGACUGACUGUGGUUGUGUUAGUCAGGAGGUUUAUUAGCUGACGGCACUUUAUGGUGGACGAACGCCCCUUCUCCCCCCCAGAGCUCCUGGGUCUGCCAGCUCUCAGGUCGUCAGGCAGGCUGGACAUGAGGGGGUGGAGGGUGGCCUCUACCACAUGGACUCUUCUCUUGUAGUUCUGGAGUGAAACGUCUGUCACUGCUGUAUGCUUCAGAGCACCUCGGCUCGCUCGGUACGUCCAUUAGUCAUGAAGCAUGAUGAGAAGGCCCGGAGCCUCCGACUGGUGUGUUGUUUUUUUUUCCUCUCUCUUGUGAGAGGCUCUGGUACUUCUUGGGCUUAUUUUUGUUUGGUGUCCUGCAUUCGUCUGUCUUUUUGUAUUUAUAAACUGUUUGCGUGAACACAUUGCAUUAAAUCAGUAAUAAAACAACAGCUGUUCAGACCAUUA